AUGAAGGUCUUGGUUGCACUGCUCCUCUCGGCACUAGCCGGCCGGGUUCGGGGUCUUGGUUCUACAGAUACUAUAACCUGGGGUGGUGACAAUUCCCGAACAGGCUACCAGACGAACCACAACAUGGACCCUGCCGUUGUUGGUAGUCCUCAGUUCGACAUUGUCUUCAAGACUUCCCUCCCCGGUCGAUACGUCGGAGCAGCCGAGCAAAUAUUCUCACAACCUCUCGUCUACACUCCUUCUGGUGGCACCACGCAGUACGUGUUUCUCGCGACGACACAGAACAACAUCUACAAGCUCGAUGCCAAGACAGGCGAGAUUCUCGCCUCUCGAAAACUGCACAUUCCUUUCCUGACGGCUGAUCUCGACGGCUGUGUCGACGUGAACCCGACAGUUGGCGUGACUGCUACUGGCGUCAUCGAUCCUUCGACUGAUACUUGGUAUCUUACGGCAAAGACGUAUUUUGAUCAGACGGCUGGACAGGUCCCACAGGGAAGGCCGGCUGGUCGAUACUACGUUCAUGCUAUCAACGUCAAUGACCUCACCGAGAGACCGAAUUUUCCGAUCAAUCUCGAAGGUCUGAUUGCCAAUAACAACCCCGAACGAAUGUUUACGGGUGGAAUUCACCACCAGCGUCCUGGAUUGCUCCACACCGGGCAGUACGUCUAUGCCGGUUUCGCUUCUCACUGCGUCCAGUACAACUUCACAGGUUGGAUCAUUGGCUGGGACAAGACAACUGGCAAGAUUGUUGAGAAGUGGGCUGCAGAAGGCAAGGGUGUCCCCAACACCAUUCAAGGCGCGGGUAUCUGGAUGUCUGGAGGUGGUCUUGCGUCUGACAAUGCCGGAUCCAUGUUCUUUGCCAGUGGAAAUGGCUACGCUUCCCAACUCUCGACGAUCCCUGUCAAUGGCUUCACGCCGCCCACGGCCAUUGAACAAGCAGCAGUUCACAUGUCGAUCAACGACGACGGUUCACUCAGCGUGAUUGACUUUUUCAUGCCAUUCGAAAAGCAGGAGCUGGAUGGUGCAGAUAAGGAUCUGGGAACGAGCCCUCUGGAACUUCUACCAAGUCAGUUCUCGUGCGGCGAUGUCAAACGGAUGGGCGUCGUGACGGGAAAGUCAGGCAAGACAUACUGGCUCAACCUCGACAAUCUUGGCGGAUAUAGAAAUGGACCGAAUAACAAGGAUAGGGUGAUUCAGACGUUUCAAAACGAGAACUCUGUCUACGCUGGAGCUGGCGUUUAUCCUCUUGAGGGCGGCUACAUCUACAUCAAUGUCAUUCAAUAUCCCACGCAUGUUUUCAAGUUCUCAUGCACCAACGGCGUUCCUUACUUCACCAAGGUUGCUGAUAGUCCGACAAAUAACGCGUACAUCUUGGGCGUGAGCCAUGGGACAACUACAUCCUUGAACGGGCAGCCAGGUACAGGUCUACUCUGGGUAUCUGACGUUCAAAACACCAACUUCAAGAUCUACGACGCUAUUCCUAAGAACGGUUACCUGAAUGUCAUCAGGAACUUUACCAUUGUUGGUAUCACCAAGUUCAGCAGGCCAGUCUUUGGCGAUGGAAUGGCUUACAUCGGAACGACGGUCGGUUACUUUUACGGCCUUGGUGCUACGAACAAGGUUCCUCUCAACUGCACCUCGCCUGUCGACUUUGGAACUGCCGACUUUCAGGACGUUACGAAUCCGCAGACGGUGAACUGCACUGCUUUGUUCGACAUGACCAUCACUGGCAUCGAUCUUGCCGAUGGUACCAACUACAACAUUUCGACUGUUCCCACUCUGCCCCUGACUUUGACCAAGGGCAAGUCAUUUACUUUCAAGGCCCAGUUCUUUCCCAAGAGCAUCGGCCGACUUGGUGGAACCGUCAACAUUCAAACCACCGGUGUGACAGAUGACUCGUACAGCAAGACUACCAGAGUUCGGCUGACGGGAGUUGGAAAGAGCACUAAUGCCUUGUUGUCAGUGAACCCAAAGUCUGUCACAUUUGCCGGGCUAGUUACCGGGACGGACCCCGACCGAGAGACUGUUCUUCUAUCCAACGAUGGAACCAAUCAACUCCAAGUAUCAGCCGUGUUGUUCUCAAACACAUCUGCCGAUGGCCCCUUUGAUACGUGGACGGGCGCAGGAAGUCUCAAGGUUGGCAAAUUCUCGUUGACAGACAUCCCCGCUACUAUCGACGGAGGCAUCUCGACUGCCGUUUCCAUCAGACCUGAUACAUCUUCCGCUGGAAAUUUCCAAGGAUGGGUCAAGUUUGUCACGACUGGAGGCAACGGAACUGUCUACAUGGCGGCUUCAGCGGGUGACCCAGCAUCAGCCCUGCUUGAGUUUCAGACACCAGAUGGUUCUGGUUGGGUGACCUAUGAAUCUGGUAAGCCCUUUACCUUUGGUAAUGUCACAGAGAACACUUCGAGGUCUUUGCGGUUCAGAGUCACCAACAACGUUGCACCGGGCGGCGUCAAACUCUCUCUCACCGUGUCUAAGCCGCCCUUCGGAGUUGCUGGUCUUAUUCGAGCUGCCAACCAAAUCGACCUGGCUGAGGGAACUCUGCUCGCACCGGGCCAGAGUCAGACAGCAGUGCUCACCUGCACUGUCCCCAAGAGUCAAUGGAACUUGGAGCCCUACAACGGAACGGCGCAGUGGACCAUGAACACCAACGAUCCUACCUGGGACAAGCAGUUUGUCCAAUUCUUCUGCAACGCCGUGACAGAGCAGGCCGCGCCUCUUCUUCCCAGCGGCCUAGGACAGUACCGCUACGUAGGCUGCUUCAAAGAGAACAACCCCGGUCGUCAGCUGUCCAAUCUCUUAUACGGCGACGGGACAAACACCAACAAGAUGUGCAUCAAUGCCUGUGGACAAAAGGGCUCGACAUUCUGCGGGACACAGUACCGUCGGGAGUGCUGGAGUGGAAACAAGAUUCCCAAUCUCAAGGUUGAUGACAAGAACUGUAACUUUGACUGUGCUGGGGACUUGAACCAGAUUUGCGGCGGUAAUGGCAUUGAUGGAGCUGGUGCAUACAUCAGUCUGUUUGCUGACACGUUGUCCUGGGAUGGCAGCUUUGGGGCUAUUGGAGGCGACGAUGGUCCCAAGGGGCCUUAUGUGAACCCUGGAGUCUAUGGAUACAACAGUAUUGGCUGCUAUACUGAGGCUACUAGCGGUCGAGCGCUCAGAACUGGCAAAGGUGUAGAUUCGCCCACAGUUGCCAACUGUGUUCAAGCUUGCAAGGCCGGGAGCUUCACAUAUGCUGGAGUUGAGUACGGCGGGGAAUGCUACUGUGGCAACGACUUCUCUGCCGGGUCGGUCCCUGCGCCUAUCGGAGAGUGUGCUAUGCUCUGCAACGGUAACUCGACCGAGUUUUGCGGUGGUCCCAACCGUCUGAACGUGUACCAGUUUAAUGCACCCGUGAGCAGUUCAUCGUCUACAUCUAGUUCCACCACGAGCAGCAGCCUCGCUUCAACCUCAACUUCCUCCUCGCCCUCAACUACCUCGUCUGUCUCGAGUGUUGUCUCAAGCUUAACGACCAGCAGCUUGACAACUAGCAGCUUGACUUCAACCACGAGCUCUACAACGGCAAGUGCCUCGACUAGCAGCAGUAGCUCUACUGUAUCGAGCAGUAGCAGCACCACUUCGAGUACAGCAUUGAGCAGUACGUCGAGUGGAUCUACAAGCAGCACCACAAGAGCGACGACCAUGACGUCGAGUAGCGCCAUCAGUAGUAGUGCUGUGACGAGCAGUACCACGACCAGCAGCACUGCUAGCUCUUCGACAACCUCAAGCGCUGGAACCAGCAGCAGCUCAAGUACGUUUGAGCAGCACCACUGCUUCUACAUCACGACCAACUACCACCACUACGUCAAGCUCGAGUGUCUCUACGACGGCCUCAAGCUCUUCGACUUCGACUACUUCAACUUCAAGUACCUCCACAACAUUGAGCGCUGCCACUACCUCUUCUUCGACGGCAACCUCGCGAUCAACGACGUCGACGGCAUCCUCUGGCUCAUCAUCUACCGUCUCCUCAACCACUUCCUCAUCCUCGCCUACUUCCCCAACUGCAAGCUCUACGACUACAACAUCUCGGUCCACUUCAACCACGGCCUCGAGUACGUCUUCAUCGAGUGUGACUUCAACAUCCUCAUCCACAACAUCCUCCGCAGCGUCCUCGACAUCGUCCUCGACAACAUCCUCAUCCACAUCGCGCCCAACCUCCUCCACCUCAACUACCAGCAGCACGACAACAACCUCUUCAACCACAAGUUCCACAUGCGAGCCCUCAGCCAGAAGGCGUAUGCCAAGGACGACAUGACGCUCGACAACUGUGCCUCCUUCUGUGACGGCUUCGGUUACUUUGGGGCAGAGUAUGGACGCGAGUGCUACUGUGGAAAUUUCCUCAACUCGGGCAGCGUCAAGGCCGACAACCAGAAGGACUGCUCGUUCACCUGCCCUGGAGACAAGACCCAGUACUGUGGUGCUGGUAACAGGCUUCAGCUUUAUCGAAACGCUGCUCUGCCAACUACGACUUCAAGCACCACUCUCAGCACUAGAAGCAGUACUACAACAACCAAGGCAGCUACUCCCACUGUCGUAGCGGGCAACAAGAACUUUACCAUGUACAACUGCGUCUCCGAGCCAUCCAACGGCCGCAUCCUCCCCCGACAGAUGCUGAACGAUGGCGACGCCAUGACUAUCGACGCCUGCCUCGAAAAAUGCUGGAUGUUUAAGUACGCCGGCGUCGAAUAUGGCCGAGAGUGCUGGUGCGGCGACACUCUCAACUGGGAGGGCAACACGGGUGCAACCCCCGGAAAGAACGUCACCAUGGACGACUGCAAUUUCAAGUGUCCCGGAAACAGCCUCACUUUCUGCGGAGCGGGAUCGAGGAUGAACUUGUACAUAAACAACUCUACGGCGUUGUCGGAGAUUAGAAGGCGGCGAAGGCGUCACUGGACGGGUCCUUUACGUAGCUUGACAUAG